AAAAAUUGAGGCAUUUUGGGCCGAUAUUGUAAAUUCAUUCUUUAUCUUCUUCUUCAUUCCCGGCCUAAUAAGAAAGAGCUAUGAUAUUAUCCCACUUCCUGGCGGUGUCUCCGCCAGGUUUUACCGUGCGCUCGCCGGAAAAUCAGCGGCAGCUGAAACUCAGGUCCAACUUAAGCCCCCAGUUAAAUAAAAAGCAAAGCAAAAAGAGUAAAGCCAGCACUAGAAACAAAAGCAGCAGCAGCAGUAGCCUCGGCUUCACCACUGUGAAGAAAGAACCUGUUUGGCAAUGUGUAAAGAGUUGCGGAGCAUGCUGUAAACUCGAUAAAGGCCCUUCUUUUCCUUCCCCUGAUGAGAUUUUUGAUGACCCUUCUGAUCUCGAGUUAUUUAAAAGUUUGAUAGGUCCGGAAGGAUGGUGUGUGCAUUUCGAGACAAGUACAAGAACCUGCUCGAUCUAUGAGGAUCGUCCGUAUUUCUGUCGGGUGGAGCCAGAUAUUUUUGAACAAUUAUACGGUAUUGAGAAGAAGAAAUUCAACAAGGAAGCUUGCAGUUCCUGUGUAGAUACAAUCAAAGCUAUUUAUGGUUCUCAAUCUAAAGAGUUGGACAACUUUAAUCAUGCAAUAAGAGGCAAACCUGAAGGAUGAUUCACCGGGCUUAAUCAAGUCUGAUGUGAAGUACAAAGGAUAUAAAUGUGUCGACAAAUUUGCAUCCUUGUGCUAUCAGAAUUCUAGGCACAACUGAGCUGUAAGAAAACGGAAAAAGUGUAUAAGCUAUAGUGCUAUACGCACAUAACUGUGUAUUUUCAUUCGUGAGAUUAUAGAAGCAGAAUGUAAUGGCCGCUGUAUUGCUCUGCGCUUAAUGUACUUAUGUGAAUGGUAUCAAAUUUAUCAAGAGCUUUGGUCCAUUAUCUCA